ACCUGGUUCUGUCCCAGACCCGGCGGGAGAGUAAAGACCACGCCACGCUGAACGACAUCUUCCUGAAUAAUGUCAUUGUCAGGCUGCAGCACAUCAGCGAGGACGUCAUUAGACUCUUCAAGAAGAGUAAGGACAUUGGUCUUCAGAUGCACGAGGAGCUGGCCAAGGUGACCAACGAGCUGUACACGGUGAUGAAGACGUAUCACAUGUACCACGCGGAGAGCAUCAAUGCCGAGAGCAAGCUGAAGGACGCCGAGAAGCAGGAGGAGAAGCAGUUCAGCAAAUCUGCAGAGCUCGGGCCCAACGCCCUGCGCCACGAGGACAGACAGCAGAGGCGCAGCUCGGCCAAAAAGAUCGAAAAGAUGAAGGAGAAGAGACAAGCGAAAUACUCGGAGAACAAGCUGAAAUGCACCAAGGCCAGAAACGAAUAUCUGCUGAACCUGGCGGCCACCAAUGGGUGUAUCAGCAAGUACUACAUCCACGACGUGUCCGACCUCAUCGACUGCUGUGACCUGGGCUUUCAUGCCAGUCUUGCCCGCACUUUCCGCACUUACCUCUCCGCUGAGUAUAACCUGGAGACAUCUCGCCAUGAAGGUCUGGAUAUCAUUGAGAACGCGGUGGAUAAUCUGGACGCUCGCAGCGACAAGCAUAAGGUCAUGGAUUUGUGCAAUCAGGUUUUCUGUCCUCCUCUCAAAUUUGACUUCCAGCCUCAUAUGGAUGAUGAGGUGUGCCAGGUGAGCGCUCAGCAGCCGGUACAGAUGGAGCUCCUGGUGCGUUACCAUCAGCUGCAGUCCCGUCUGAUGACACUGAAGAUCGAGAACGAGGAGGUGAGGAAGACCCUGGACGCCACCAUGCAGACCUUACAGGACAUGCUGACAGUGGAGGACUUUGACGUAUCCGAUGCCUUCCAGCAUAGCCGCUCCACCGAGUCCAUCAAAUCCGUCGCCUCCGAGACUUAUAUGAGUAAAUUGAACAUCUCCAAGAGAAGAGCCAACCAGCAGGAGACCGAGAGCUUCUACUUCUCAAAAUUUAAGGAGUUUUUGAAUGGAAGCAAUCUGAUCACCAAGCUGCAGGCUAAGCACGAUCUCCUGAAACAAGCCCUGGGAGAAGGAGAGAGAGCAAACUAUGGAACCACAAGGCCCCCGACUCUCCCCCCCAAACCUCAGAAAAUGAGGAAGCCCCGACCUCGCUCCCUGUAUAGCCACCUGCUCUUUAAUGGGAAUAUGGAGCAGUUCAUCCAGGAUUCGGGUCAGGCCAUCCCGCUGGUGGUUGAGAGCUGCAUCCGAUACAUCAACCUAUAUGGUCUCCAGCAGCAAGGAAUAUUCCGAGUUCCCGGAUCUCAAGUUGAAGUGAAUGAUAUCAAGAAUUCUUUUGAAAGAGGAGAGGACCCCCUGGUGGAGGAUCACAGCGAGCGGGACAUCAACUCCGUGGCGGGGGUCCUGAAGCUGUAUUUCCGGGGUCUGGAGAAUCCGCUUCUCCCCAAGGACGGGUUUCAGGACUUGAUGUCCACAAUCAAGAUAGAGAACGUGUCAGAGCGGGUCCAUCACAUCCGUCAGAUCGUCAUCACACUGCCCCGAGCCGUCCUCGUGGUCAUGAGAUAUCUCUUUGCCUUCCUCAACCAUUUAUCCCAGUACAGCGAUGAGAACAUGAUGGACCCUUACAACCUGGCGAUCUGCUUUGGCCCCACGUUAAUGCCAAUCCCUGAUGGACAAGACCCGGUGUCCUGCCAGGCGCACGUCAAUGAGGUCAUCAAGAUGAUCAUCAUUAACCAUGAACUGAUCUUCCCCUCUCAACGUGAACUGGAGGGGCCAGUGUACGAAAAGUGCAUGACGGGGGGCGAGGAGUACUGUGACAGUCCUCACAGUGAGCCGGGUGCCAUAGAUGAGACUGACCAUGAUAACGGCACAGAACCCCACACCAGUGAUGAAGGUUGAGCAGAUUGAAGCCAUUGCUAAAUUUGACUACAUGGGUCGUACACCUCGAGAGUUGUCCUUCAAGAAAGGGGCAUCCCUGCUGUUGUACCACCGAGCGUCGGAGGACUGGUGGGAGGGUCGUCACAAUGGAGUGGAU